UUCCAUCAUGGGAUAUCAAAAUUUUAUAUCAUGUACGAUAAUGUCGGCAUGUAUUUCCAUGGCUCACUGACCUGUUGAUAUCACGGAUCACAAAGAGUCGUAACACUGUGCAACCGCACCGCCGUGAAUAUCUCAAAUCGUAUAAUUAAGCAAUCUUAUAUGAACGACAUUGUCGUAAAAAGCCCACCGCCUCCUUGUACAGUAUACAGGCAAAAUAAUGAAACGAAGGUGGUAGGAGGCCAGCCUCAGCGCGUAUAAGUGAACGUGAAACUGUUAUGUAGACCAGGUAUUGAUCCGUGGUACGGUAAACAAAUAUGGAUAUGGCGAUGUUUGUCUGGUAACCAUAUAGUCUUUCGCACCAGAAUUUUCAGUGACUCAAAUCAGGCGAAAGAAGCAAAGGGUAUCUACGGCAAAGAAAUACCUAAACAUAAAGAUACGAAAUGUCUACACGAUGGUAUCCUCUGUACCAGCGAGGGAAUCCACAGCAAAGAAUAUUUCUUCCAAACUUCUGGCUGAAAUUAGUAAGGCCAGAUCAUAAACAACCACCAAAUAUUGUGCAAUUCAUUGUAUCCAUAGAGAUGACAAAACAUGAUAUAAAAAAUUACCUUGAGAAAAUCUACAACAUUCCCGUUGUUGAUAUACGAACUGUUGUUGCGAUGGGAAAAACAAAACAAGAUGAGGUAAAGGGAUAUGUAACAAAAGAGGAUGAUUUCAAGGUUGCAUUUGUUACACUGCCUCGAGGGCAGAAAUUUGAGUUUCCAGACUUGUUCCCAAAGGAUGAGAAGAAAUUUGAAAGUGAUGCCAAAACAUUAGAAGAGACAAAGAAGAAUCAUAGAAAGUUCCUAGAGAAAAGUAAUCAAAGACCAGGAGUGCCUGGAUGGUACUCUUUCUAGUAUAGUAAUGUCUGAGAAUAUUAAAAAAUUGUAUUUUAUGAAUGCUAACAUGUUCUUGAUUUUGAAGAUCCCACGUAUUUUGUUUUCCUUAUUCAUUACAAUCGUUGAAAAUGGAGGUUCAAUAUUAACUUUCACUUGACUUGAACUUACCAGAAAAGCAACUUGGAAAAAUGGGACCUGAUACUUGACUUCCCAGCAAAUUUUAGUGCACAAAAACAGCUUUUAUGUAUUUGUUCAUGCUUAUGUGUGUGUGUUUUCAAGACAGACUGAAAGGUACUUAAUUAUUAAUGUUUAGAAACUACAAAGAUAUCAGACUGUCACCACUGGUGGGGUAGUGCAGUGUGAUUUCAUGUUAUGUUCUAGUUGGUAUUACUUUCCUCAGCAAAAUGAUUCAUCCUGUAUUCUUAGUCCCACUAAACAUAUAUACAAAGCAAACUACGUGGCCUGUAGUCUGCAAGUGAAAUAUACCGACCGAGCCACCGCAGCUUGUCGGUGAAAUUAGUGCCAACUUUUGUGGGUAGAGGAUAUCACGUCAGCACAACAGAUCUGCAUGGCCAUUAAUCUCGGUUUCCUAAACCAGAGCUCCCAUUUCCUUGAAAUAGCUUUUCAGUUAUCCUCAGGAGGCUGAGUGGACUCCAUUCUUAGUCCCACUCUAAUGAUUCAGUAAUCUUUCCACUAAUGUCUCGUAUCUUUUUUUGUAUGCUUCCCUGCAAGUUCUACGUAAGUGUGCUAGAUGCACUAAGCUGUUCAUUUUUCAAAUCAACUUACCCAGUCUAUAUAUAAAGUGCAUAUUUCAUCACUACAAAGACAGGAGCAAUAUAUAGACCUACAUCUGCACACAGAAAUGCAUUUUUUUUAAUGGUGUCAAGUAGACUUAUGUAGUGAACAUAAACUUAAUGAAUUCAAGGAAUUUCAGUAUGUGUGUAUUUGCACAAGACUUCUCACAGGACUUAAAAGUGCUCACAAAAAAUCCCUAUAAAUAUCCUGUGCAUUUAUACCUUAAAUGAAGUCAAAGUAAUUGGUAGGUUAGAUAAUGGUGGCUUCUCAUGCUUCUGCACGUUUGAAGUUCAGAAUCAUUGGAUGGAUUUUGAUGAGAUCGGAUAUGAAAGAUAUAUCAUUAAAGGCCACCCUAAACUCUUAUCUCCUACAGUUCAUAAUAAAGAGGUGGCACUUGAACUUGCAGGAUGGGAUUGACAGUAGUGCCACUGCAGAAACGUAACCAGUAGUAACCAUGCUAACGAUACCAUAUUAACUGUAUCAACAAAAAAACGUUUAAAAUAAAAAAGGGGGCAAUGGAAAUUUAAAAAUUAAUUAAUAUAGCAAUUUAACAAAUAAUAUACACCUGAUGAUGGCCCCAUAUGGCCAAAACGUUUUGAUAUAUAUGAAACAGAGCAGAUGGCGUUAAACCAAUAGUCUAUGAAGUGCUGCAUUUACAAGACUGCAUUACAUUAUAUCAAAUGCUAAACUAAUGAAGCAGGAUGCUGAAAUAUAAUAUUGUAAAUAACAGCCUGACAGCAUUAUGAAUAAUUUGAUUCCAAUGUUGAUAAUCUGUUAUUACAAGGUUGUUACAACAUAUCCACAUGAAUAAAUACUAUUUAUCACA